CCCACCCUGGCGCCCAGCCUCAUCCCGCUCACUGCGGAGUCUGCUCUGCUUGCUCCCUCCCUAGCGCAGCUGUGCUGCCAGGCCCGGAUCUGCCAUGGCGUCCCCCGCAGCAGGCGGGGUGGUGAUCGUAGGCAGUGGACUCAUUGGUCGGAGCUGGGCAAUGCUCUUUGCCAGUGGAGGCUUCAAGGUAAAACUUUAUGACAUUGAGCAACAGCAGAUAACAAACGCCCUGGAAAACAUCAGGAAGGAGAUGAAAUUGCUGGGGCAGUCCGGCUCUCUCAAAGGCUCCUUGAGUGUAGAGCAGCAGUUGUCGCUCAUCAGUGGAUGCGGUAACCUAGCAGAAGCAGUAGAGGGCGCCAUGCACAUUCAGGAAUGUGUUCCAGAGGACCUGGAAUUGAAGAAGAAGAUUUUUGCCCAGCUGGAUCGCAUCGUGGACGACAGAGUCGUCUUAAGCAGCUCCAGCUCGUGUCUGCUGCCUUCCAAGCUGUUUACAGGCUUGGCACAUGUGAAGCAGUGCGUGGUGGCUCAUCCCGUCAAUCCACCAUACUAUGUCCCGCUGGUUGAGCUAGUCCCUCACCCAGAGACAGCUCCAGCCACAAUGGACAGAACCUAUGCCUUGAUGAGGAGGAUUGGACAGUCCCCGGUGAGACUCCUGAAGGAGAUCGAUGGCUUCGUCCUGAACCGCCUGCAGUAUGCCAUCAUCAGCGAGGCCUGGAGACUGGUGGAGGAAGGAAUAGUGUCUCCUAACGACCUGGACCUGGUCAUGUCAGAUGGGCUGGGCAUGCGGUAUGCAUUCAUUGGACCCUUGGAGACUAUGCACCUCAAUGCUGAAGGUAUGGUAAGCUACUGUGGCAGGUACAGUGAUGGAAUGAAGCGUGUCCUCAAGACUUUUGGACCUGUUCCAGAGUUCUCAGGGGCCACAGUGGAGAAAGUUAACCAGGACAUGUGUAUGAAGGUUCCUGAUGAUCCAGAACACUUAGCUGCCAGAAGGCAAUGGAGGGACGACUGUCUCAUGAAACUCGCCAAACUGAAGCACCAGGUGCAGCCCCAGUAAAUUUCUUGUAAUGCCACCAUCACUCCUUUCUGGGAAGCUCUGUCUGGCGAGAUGAGAAGCUCUUGAUCCAAUCCCUAUGCAGCAUCGGGAAGCCCAGGAAGCCGGCCUGAAGACCAGGUUUGCUCCCCGGUAUUCCACUGCGAGCAGCUGUAGACACCAAGUGUCUUCAGGUCUCUCCUGCCUAAGCCUGCAUUGGGCUAUCAGAGCACUGCUUGGGCUCUGAGGCAUCGUGCAUUUCCAGGUGAUAAUUGCAGUUUCCUGUUAUCUUAAUCUACUACAAAAGAAUUUUUGUAAUCAUUUUCUCACCCCCUGAGUGCCCUGUGACCCUGCAUUAUGAAGCAAUCACCUUUAUCUUGAAUGAAUAAUAUUCUGAAUAAAAGUCUUGAUUCCA